AUGUCCGUAAACAUCACUACGACCCGGCUGACGGUCAGAUGUGCAUCUCAACACGUUCGUGCUGGCACGCCCACUUGCAAGCGAAGAUCUUUUUGGAAUACCGUCUUCAGCAAGCCGGCAGCGGUCAAGAGGCGCGCGAGACGUGAGGAAGAGAGCCCCGCGCUGCCUACGCCUACGCGAGAGUACCACCCCACACCUAUACCCCACGAGACGAUUGUCCACAGUCCUGCCAAUGCCGGCCAGCUCGAUGCAUAUUCCGCAAAGACCAUCGCCGUAAGCAUAGACGAUACUCCUCGGACCUUCGAUACUGUAUUUCUGCGCGACAGUUGCACGUGCCCAAGAUGCGUCGAUCCAGAUAGUAGGCAGAAGCUCUUCCAAACCUCAGACAUUCCGCAAGAGAUCGAGGGAAAAGCCCGGACUGUGCAAGACGAGAACAAGAGCUGGGUGAUUGAGGUAGAAUGGCAAAAUGAUGUGCCUGGCUAUGGCGCAGAACACCGCACAAGGCAUUCGCUGAACUGGCUGCGGCGAGCGCUAAACACGGAGGUGGAGCUUAGAGGAGGCGUGCGCUACGAUGACAGAGUCCUCUGGGACAGAGACACCAUCACCAAGAACAACAAAUGGAUCGACUACAAAGACUGGACAGGCGACGACUCCGUUCUCUUCGACGCCCUCACCCACCUCAACAAAUACGGCCUGCUCUUUCUCAAAAACGUCCCUGAGUCGGAAGAAUCAGUCGUAAACAUCGCCGGACGAAUAGGAACCCUGAAAGACACCUUCUACGGCCGCACCUGGGAUGUCCGCUCCAAGCCCAAAGCCGAAAACAUCGCCUACACCCCCCAGUUCCUAGGCCUCCACAUGGACCUCCUCUACACCUCGAACCCCCCCUACCUCCAGCUGCUCCACUCCCUGCGCGCCCGCACCCCAGGCGGCGAGUCCUUCUUCAGUGACUCCUUCCAUGCAGCUCAGAAGUUGGAGGAGGCGAGCAAAACACACUUCAGGACGCUGUGCACGUUCCCAGUUACGUAUCACUAUCACCACCCUACAUAUCAUUACCACUACACCCGCCCAACCAUAGAACUCCAUCCCUACCCCAAGUACAGCGAACCCACGAACCUCGCGCUCCACCGCGUAAACUGGUCGCCGCCUUUCCAAGGGCCUUUCGAAGCGCGCAUCGGGGGCGAAAGCCAGACUGCGCUGAGGAACUAUCUUGCCGCCAGUCAUGCGUAUGAGAAGAUAUUGAGUGCGGAGGAGAGCUUGUUUGAAUACAGGUUGAACGAGGGGGAGUGUGUGAUAUUCGAUAAUAGGAGGGUGUUGCAUGCGAGGAGGGCAUUUGAUGCGACGAAGGGGGAGAGGUGGCUCAAGGGGGCGUAUGUGGAUGAUGAUGUUUUCUUUUCGAAGUUGAGGGUGCUGGAGGAGAGGUUUAGGGGAGGUGGGUUGCGGAUGGGGUUGUGA